AGCCAGAAUGCACUGAUCAUUAUUCCUGCACUGUUUGAACUGUUCGUUCGCGUUCACUUCGGAAUUUAGGUGUUUCAAUUCUUCGGCGUGUGUAGCACGUUAUAUGCGCUAUUCCCAUAAUUCCAGAAUUAUGUAAUGAUCCACAUGUCAAUGACGCAAUAUAAAAUAGAGAAUUAAAUUGCCGUACUAGGAUUUCAAUUACGACCGUAGUAACAGAAGGCAGUCAAAAUGGGCAAUGCUGUUACCACGGCGUCUGUAGUGGCCGCUGAUGUGAUGCUACCGGUCUCUCAAGAGAUUAUCAAGCCAGAAUCUCAUAGGAAAAAGGAAUACCAAGGUGAACCACCGCCAGAAUGUCCCAUGCAUAAAUCGGGGCAGUUAAACACUAUAAACUAUACCAGUGAAUGCCCGAUAAACAAAAUGGACGAGAGUGAAAUAAACCCAUUAAAUAUGAUGCCACCGGCGAAUCAGCAGCCUGCUCCAGAUCAACCGUUUCCUUUGCCAAGGGAUCGACAGGUCUCAUCGAUACCCAAAGCGACUGGACAAGAAGAAUUUUGGGUAUAUCCUUCACAACAAAUGUUCUGGAACGCUAUGUUGAGGAAGGGAUGGCGAUGGAGAAACGAUGAUUUAUCCCCAAAAGAUAUGGAUGACAUAAUAAAGAUUCAUAAUGCCAACAAUGAACAGGCAUGGCUGGAGAUACUUAAAUGGGAGGCUCUUCACGCGCGGGAGUGCGGCAGUCCCAAGCUGCGCAGUUUUGGUGGGAAAGCAACCAAGUAUUCUCCGCGUGCGCGUAUUCGCUCUUGGAUGGGAUACGAAUUGCCAUUCGAUCGCCACGAUUGGGUCAUAGAUCGCUGUGGCAAGGACGUGAGAUACAUUAUCGAUUACUACGACGGCGGCAAAGUCAACGAGAAGUAUACGUUCGCGUUACUCGACGUGAGGCCAGCGAUGGACUCGUGGGAGAACAUCUGGGAUCGGAUGAAAGUAGCGUGGUGGCGUUGGAGAUACCAGCCCAACAGUGAAUCGAUGCAUACUGCCAAAGAGCACUAAUUUAUGAAUUAGCGCUAAUACACGCUAGAGUCUAGAAGACUUUUUACUAAUGUGUUAAUCACAAAUUUCUUAACGUAACGUUUAUUAUAUAACGUUGAGACGUCUUCACGUGUAUAAUAUUUGUAAAAUAUCGAAUGUAAGUUCAUGAUAUUCAUGAGAAGCUUACAAAAUAUAAAAUAUAAAACAAAUUCGAAACAGAUAUAUUCAUGUACCUUAAAAGAUUUGUACAUAUUUCUAUACACACUUUUUUUAUCAUGUUAUAUGUAAAACAAUUUAAAUUGCAAUAUCGAAUUGUUAGCAAAAAUAAUCUCGUGAGAUUAGAGAAAAUAAUGGAAUCUGUAAAACGACUUAAAGGCAUUAAAUUAUUUUAAUUAUUUUAAAUUUAAGUAAGAAUCGCUUUCAAAUACUUCAUGUUGUAAUUGUACAAGUUAUCUUGUUAAUAUUAUAAUAAAAUUUAGGAACUUACUGCCAAUAUUGACAUCGAAUGCUGCUUAAGAGUUAUUGCUAAGUGUCAGCUUGCUUCUUUUAUGAAAUGGACCAAAAUGUUCAAAAAGCUGCGACUCUAACCAAGAAGCCGAUUCCAAUUGUAAUUAAUCGCUAAGUUUGGAAAAACGCACAAUAAAAACUAUUCAUGAAUCAUGAAAGCUGUGUAUAGUAUUUGCCUAAAUUUACAUUCAUGACUCAUGAAUAAUUUACAUAAAUUUGUGAUUAACAUGGAAUUUAACUGUUCUUUAUAAAAGUAAACGAUAAAUUUUUAUAUCAAAUUAUCUCAUUUAAUUACACAUUCUGAGCAAAAUGAAACAUGUAUUAAACAAAUAUCAUAUUUUAUCAUACGCUUUACAUCAUUUUAUUGUCAACAUAUAACACUAUUUGCUUUCCAUAACGCUUACAAAUAUUAACAGUUUAAUUUAUAUGUUUUAUGACAUAUAUAUUUCAUAGGACAAAAUUUACUUAAUUUGUCGAUAAAAACUAAUAAAUUACUUAUAAAACGUUAGUAGUAUUAGCGCAGACAGUUAAAAUUAAGCAAACAAUAUAAUUUUAGCAUAAAAACGAUGCAAUUUGAAUACAAAAAAUAUGAAUACUACUUUCUCUGUAGAAUAUAAUUGAUUUACAAAUUAUCCAUCCAUUCGAGUUCAUGUACAAAGCACUCGAAAUUUAUCAAACAAUUUUGCCUAAAAUUUCUUUCAUCAUUUAUAUUGUAUAAGUAUAUAUCUAAUGUGUCCCAAUUUUGCAUAUAUAUGUAUAAUGUAUAACAUUCUUGAAAUAUAAUACAUAUAAUAUAUG